CUGAGCCCCGGCCCGGCCCUCGGCCCGCGCCCGGCGGCAGCAUGAGCCAGGCCGAGCUGUCCACCUGCUCGGCGCCGCAGACCCAGCGCAUCUUCCAGGAGGCGGUGCGCAGGGGCAACACGCGGGAGCUGCAGUCGCUGCUGCAGAACAUGACCAACUGCGAGUUCAACGUGAACUCGUUCGGGCCCGAGGGCCAGACGGCGCUCCAUCAGUCCGUCAUCGACGGCAACCUGGAGCUGGUGAAGCUGCUGGUCAAGUUCGGAGCCGACAUCCGCCUGGCCAACCGCGACGGCUGGAGCGCGCUGCACAUCGCCGCGUUCGGCGGCCACCAGGACAUCGUGCUCUAUCUCAUCACCAAGGCCAAGUACGCUACCAGCGGCCGGUGAUGCCCGCCGUCCCGGCCCCAGCCCGGCCCUCCGUGUCCGACCCGGCCCCCGUCCGUGUCAUCUCUGCUAUUCCUUCCUGCCAACUACCUCGGUGUGCGCCGGGCGCGCCCUGGCCGACAGCGCCUCCCCGCGGCGGCGCAGCGCCUGCCGGCGUCCGGGCGCCUGGCGGGUGGGGGCGGGGCGCGCCUGGCGCCUUUGAAACCUGAGUCCCCCAGCGGCGAGCUCGGAGCCCGGACGCCGGAUCCCGCGCCCGGCGCUUUCUCCGGGAGGUGUAGGCGCGCGGCGGACUCGGGCGCGCGGUGACAGAGACACCGGCGGCCCCUGUAUUUAUCACGUGUGUGUAUAUUUGUGGGUGAAGUUUGUGCGCCUGAUUUUUUUGUUGUUGUUUGGAAAAUAUUGUGCGUGGUCCAUGUGGUUUUACGGGGGAAAGAUGAAUUUUUUUCUAGUCUUAAAACUUAAAAACUUGAGUCUACCAUUUCUUGGUUGCACUGAAAAUCUCGCCUAGCCCCAGGGUCUUCCCGCCCCGCCCUCUCCCCCCACCCGUGCGCGUUUGGGGAGCCCCGCCCUCCGUGGGAGGCCGUCCCCAACCCGGCCCGGCUUGCGGAGUUCGCGCGGGGCCCGGGACGAGGGGACCUCAGCCUCCGAGUGAGCGCUAGUGUAGUUAACAGUCGGUUGCACACUUUUUAAAAAAAAGUAAAUGGAUUUGCCACGAUUAAAUGUCAUAACAUUUAUGACAAUAUAAAAUAUUAACCUAUUUUAAAGCCAAGUUUUAGUUGUGUUUUUGACUCGGUUAUAAACCCAAUUUUAAAGGGCGUUGUAUCCAGCGUUGUGAAGGCAACAAUGUACCCAUAUUUAUAUUUUUAUAAAAUGCCUAUAUGACUGUGAAUCUCGCUUGAGCGGGAGGGCCGCGCGGCCUGCCUCGGCCUCCCCGGUCGGGGGAUCCGGGCCCAGGAGCCCGCCGUGGGGGAGGGGCUGCCCGCGGACCUGGGCCGGCCAAGGGGCCCUUCCUGGUUUCCGUGGUUCCAGUUUUCUAUGCAACCCCACACCCCUUGUUGUUUUGAUCCUGGGAAAUAAAAGGGAGGCUGAAUUAUUCAAAUUUAAAUGAGGUUCCCCUCACAGAAGUGCUGCUGACCCUGCGUGCAGAAAUGGGGAGCGCCGGAGGACACAGGUGGUGGAGGGCUUCGCGCUGGCCGGGCACGCUCGGCCUCUCGCUUUUAUGAAACCGCGUGAGAAGAAUAUGUUGCUAAUGUCGUGGAGCAGGCAGACAUUGGGACAAGCACAGAUUACUCCGAAGGGAGUUCUGUAUAUUUUUUCUACAUGCAAAUGCCUUUUUAAUUAUGUUAAUUAAUGUUAAGACUUCCUAGGCUAAUGUCGAAGCUCUGUAUGGGUCCCAGUUUGAUUACUUCCAACUGGAUAAAGUCUGCAGCACGUUCCCGAGCAUAUGAUAGACUGUAGCCCAGCGUGAAAAAUUUAUAAAUAAAUUUUUCAUUCAUCUUUU